CGCUGGAUCAAUAGGCGUUGGUCGGGGAUGGUCUUUCAUUCUCUUGCUUGCUAGCCAUGUCUCUGAGGGGAGCAUGUCUAUACCUAUGUUACAGUACUAGAUCUCUCUUCCUCCCAUCGUUAGCCUCCCAGUAGGGAACCCUCCGGCUGCUGCCAUGGCCCAAAACUGGCAUCCGGCCGUCCAGGUCGUCAUCAAUGGCCAUCCUCAAGCGCAAGGCCAUGCUCCAAGUGGGCAGCCUCCGCGCUGGAAUCGCCCGUUGGCCGUUGAAGAAGCUUUGCAGUACUCGCCCAUGUCCAGCUCGCCCGUCUUCGGUAUAGAUUGCAUCCUACGCCCGGACGUCGGCCGACCCCCCAAUACGACUUCCAUCAAUCACAUCCUGCAGUCCGGCCGUACGGCGUUGAGUAACCUGAAUGGUGAAAUUCAGUCUGGACGAGAUGAAUCCAAUCGUUUAGAGACGUCUCGGGAAUACUUGCAGCAGUUGUUGGAUGGUGACCAGUUGACUGAAUUUAAAUUCAAGUUGCCAAUUAGAGCGGUUAAUCCACAGCAAUCGCUUUCGAGUGCCGCCCACGACCAUGUCGCCAGCAGCACUACGCUUGGCUCAUUUGCGAAGAUGAUGUUGGAUGCUACGGACAUAGCAUUUCGAUAUCCUACCCCAGAUGACAUGGAACCUCCCCAGAAACCUGCCUCCUGGAAUGAAAAGCAGACUUCUGUCGCUCACAGACCUACUCCUACGUCCUCCAUCCGGCCGGGCCACCCGACAAGUCAACUGUCGGUCGUAAUUCCGGUAAAGCCCCUGCCACCUCAUGCAGAUGAGCACGGCAUGUCGAAGCGAAGAAAGCUUAAUGCCGAUGGGGAUGAGAAUCCUAUGACAAUCCGGCUGAAGGAUCAAAAAGAGGAGGCCGAUGCUGCGCUGGUCAAAUUGCAAGACCUGCUUCAUGAGAUCUUCGAAUCUGAGGACCAACUCGAUCCCAGUGCAUCGUCUGAUGUGGUCACUGAACGGGCAAAUGCAGUAUUCACCACGGCUCACGCUCUCGAUGUUAACGGUCUCAUCCUUUCGUCCGACACCCAUAGCCAGCUUCAGAAAGCCAUCAAAAAAGUUGUUGGUUACAACCGACUCCAGGACAUUCCGUCGGAUUAUCUGAAUAGGAUCCAGAAGCUCUGCGAAAAGCCAAUAAUUGCUGCGCAGGCACCCGAUUUGAGAAUUGACGACCCUUCGAAUGAAUCGGAAGCUCAAGAUUGGCUGAGAAAGCUGGAUGACAUACACAAUGCUCUUCUGGCCAUUGCUACCCUACUGCAAACGAUGUCUGGCUCUCAGACGGAGCGAGAUCUCUGUCCGGAGGAUUUGAUUGAAGCUAUUCCCAAUGUGUUUAACCAAACCUUUGAUCACUGUAUCAUCCCUGCUGUCCAGGCACGUCCUGGCGGCAAGGAUGCAAAACACUUUGAAUUUUUCUCAGCUCAGAAACGAGUUCUUGGUUCCUUGAUCCAACAAAGCAAACGAGUACUUGCUCUUUUUGCGGAUUUCCUCUCGCGCAUUGAUGUCUCUGAAGGCACAGUCACAGCGGCCGAGUACUUCGCAGCUAAACUGAUAUUCGUCGAGAAUGCUCACACGGAGAAGGAUUCUACGGUGGGUUACCAGAAAUAUGAGUCCGUUCGACGCGGAGCUAUGGAUGUACUGGCCAAGGUCUUUUCCAAGUAUCCUGCUCAGCGGCCAUACAUUCUGGAUGAAAUCUUGGUCUCGCUGGAGAGGCUUCCCUCCACUCGGCAGAGCGCCAGGCAGUACAAACUUGCUGACGGCAAGAAUAUUCAACUCUUGACUGCAUUGGUGAUGCAAUUGGUGCAAACCACUGCUUUAGACGUCCCGAAUUCGAGGUCGUCCCGGAUGAGGCGUAAGCCGCCUGGUUCGGCCGAAGACGAGGACGAUGAUGAAGUGCUUGCUGAUGGCCAGGGGGUAGACGAUGAUCAGUCAAAUAUCUCUAUGGAGCAGCUUGCAACAAAGGUCAACCGCUUAUACGAUAACGCAGCGCGCAGUGCUCAAUACAUCGUCAAAUUCAUCGUCCAACGGGCGAUGACAUCCACCAAGACUGGCGACCAGCCCUAUCGAAAUAUCUUUGACCUCUUCACCGAAGACUUGAUCAGCGUCCUGGGAUCCACGGACUGGCCGGCUGCAGAAUUGCUUCUUCGCAUCAUGGCCUCUCACAUGGUUGGUAUCGCUGAACAUGACAAGAGUUCUGCUACUUCAAAGAGCAUGGCUCUUGAACUUUUAGGAUGGAUGGGCUCUGCCAUCUCUGAUCUCAUUGUGACUGCUCAGCAUUUGCUUCCUGCCAUGGAAGAGUCUGGUAGUGAUCUAACCGAUUCCUUAAGACAGCUGUUCGAGGAGUACUCGAAUCGGGCUUUACAUCCUCAGGACCUUGUUGUUGCUGAAGGCCCUUAUCGAAUGACCCUCGAAUACUUUAUUCAGGACCGCAGUGUAGACAAUUGGCAGCUUGCUAGUGCUCGCGGCUUUUAUCUUACACAGUGGUCCAAGACCUUCUGUUCCGUUUAUUAUAACUCGGAAGACAGGGAUGAAGUCAUAUACGAUGACGCGACUGAAGAUCUGGUUGCACUCUUCGGGAAGCUAUUCUCCGAUCCGAUGUGGCUCGAGACACACAGGCACUUCAACACCGUGCCCACCGCACACGGGAAGUUUGCUUAUAUCCUGACCGUCUUGAACUCGGGAUUCUGUAAAGCUUUUGACACGAUUCUCAAAGUUUUGCUAAACUCGAUUGCCAGUGACCAGGCCAAAGUCCGGAGUCGUAGCUUGAAGAGUGUAAUCUACAUGUUAGAGAAGGAUCCGAGUCUUCUCGAUAGAGAUGCAUCCGUUAUGCGGGUAAUCCUCCGGUGUGCUACCGACGCAUCCCCAAUGGUUCGCGAUUCUGCAUUGUCCUUGAUCGCCAAAUGCAUUGCUUUGAAGCCGAAGUUGGAAGAGGACGGCUGUCGGAGCAUUCUGACGUGCGCCGCCGAUCCAACUGCCGGUGUGCGGAGGCGCUGCAUCGGGCUUCUGAAGGAUAUUUACCUUAACACCUCGCGUCUUGAGUUGAAGCUGGCAAUCAUGGAUAGCUUUCUCCAACGAACAGGUGAUUUGGAAGAUAGUGUGGCCACCUUAGCGCGACAGACGUUUGAGGAGAUAUGGCUGACCCCCUUUCAUGGACUCAUCGACUCUGUUCAAGAUGGCCCUAAACUCAAGGUUGGUCUUGAAGAGCGGGUGACCCUAAUCGUCAGCCUCGUUCAGCGGAGCGAAACCGCGCUCGAGACCUUGAAUAGUUGUCUCAAGAAGGUCUUUUCGGAGACCUCGAAGACUGCGGCCUUGAACUUUAAAGUAUGCAGGGCGAUGGUUUCCACAAUGUUUGAGAAACUGGUCGAAGGCAACGAGUCAGGGAAGGAAUUCCAGCAGGCAUUGCUGCAAACCAUCACAGUCUUUGCAAAAGCCAAUGCGAAGCUGUUUCGACCUGACCAGCUGGAGACUCUGCACCCUUACAUCGGACAUUUGGCCACAGCCGAGGAUCUCUUCCUCUUCCGCUCUGUGGUUGUCAUCUAUCGAUGUGUCUUACCCUUUCUGUCGUCUGCUCACAACACUCUGUUGCGGGAAGUUCAGAACGACCUAUUCAAGAGCGUGGCUAAGCUUGCUCGCUCGGAGUUGAAUGAAGUGAUGGCCUGUCUCUGGACCAUCAACGGAGUCCUGCACAAUACUGACAGGCUAGUGAAGUUAACAAUCUCCGUCUUGAAGCCGAUCCAGCACUAUAAGAACAUCGACCUUUCGGAUCCAGCAAAUGCGGCAGUCUUAGCACGAGCCAAAAGCUAUAUCCGAAUUGCAGGUUGUGUUGGAAGACACUGCGAUCUUGAAAAGUACGAGCCACAUUUCAAGAAUGCCUUUCCGUCAUGGAGCGGCGGAUCGGUGGCUGGCUUGAUGGUUGAUGCUAUUAUACCCUUCACUCUUCCGAAACAACCGCUUGAGCUGAGGGUCAUGUCUUUGGAGAGUCUGGGCUCCAUUUGCCAGUCCUGGCCAGGCCAGUUCAGUCGCGAGACCCCAAGACAGGUUCUGUCUAUGGUGUUCAAGGAAGAUAAUCCAAGCCUCCAAAACAUCGUGUUGAGGUCAUUCUCCGAUUUCUUCGCAAUGCAUGAAGGCAAGGCAGAGAAGACAGUGAUGUCGUCUGCUGAAAUCGCCGAACAGGAAAACUCGACGAGGCUAGGAGGAUCUCUGAAGGCCAGUGAUAAUGAUGGAGCUGCUGCGUUGAUCGCCCAGCACUUUCUACGGAACAUGCUCCGUGUUGCACAAUCGCGGCAAGAUUCGUACGCGCUGACUGCGAUUGAGCUGAUUGCCAGCAUCAACCGUCAGGGAUUGGUCCACCCCAAAGAGUGUGCCGGUGUUUUGGUCUCCUUGGAAACGUCGACCGUUCCGGCAAUUUCCAAGAUUGCGUUUGAUACUCAUAAGAUGCUUCAUCAGCAGUACGAAUCGAUGUUCGAAAGAGAAUACAUGCGUGCUGUUCAGGAAGCCUUCUACUACCAGCGCGACGUGGUCGGGGACCCCAGUGGGGCAUCAAGCCGCCCAUAUGUCGCCAAGCUUGCGCCGCUGUUCGAUAUCAUUAAAAUCAGCAACAGUCGCUAUCAGAGAAAGUUUCUCUCCAAUCUGUGCUCGAAAGUUGACUUUGAACUGAAGAAGCUUGACGGCACUGGCGACCCGCCGGAACAUCUGUUACUGGCGCGGUUUGUGGCCCAGAACCUAGCCUUCCUGGAUUAUAACCAGCUUGCCGAACUCGUGCCGACUAUCAGCUGCAUGGAGCGUAUUGUUGCUGCAACUGGAACUGUUGUAGCCCACUCGAUCGAAACCGAAAAUUUUUCUGCGAAGAUGGAACCCACUGUCGGGGAGAUGAUGCCCGCUCCUCCGUUGGAGGGUCAAGGAACUAUGGCGCCCCUCCAGCAGUAUAACCCAGCCACCUUGCGGCUCCUGGCUACCGCCGCCGCAUCGCUUUCGAUGCUCUGGGAAGCCCGGACGUAUCUCCGCCGCCUCUAUGGCGUCACCGGACAUGCUCGCGUUAAGGAGGCCAAAGCUGCGGCCAAGGAGCUCAACAAGUCCGCCACGAAGGUGCAUGGAGUGACGGGUGACAAGUUCUGGGAUGCCAUCACUCGAAACAUGAACGCGUUGAGUAGCGAGCAGAGCAUGAUUGACAAGUGCCGCGAGUUUGCGACUUUGCUUGCCAUCGACGAUGAAUUCAAGGUGGGGGGAGAUGAAGACGCGGAGGGAGACAAUUUGGAUGCGGCCACCGACAUGGAAGAUCCGGGGGCUGCCUGGGCGACGGCCGGUGGGCCCAGGCCUGGGAAGCGAAAAAACUCCAUGUCCGGGCAGAGUCCCGUGAAGCGCCCUCGCGGCCGCAAGAGCGGGGCUGGGAAGAAACGCGCCAGUGCGGAGCCUGGGGAUGAAUCGGACUGGAACUAGAGAGGUGUCGAAGCCGUUGAUCGGGUUGACACCAUGACCCUUGUAUUUUGGCUGUCCAUAAUCUACUGGAGAGGAUGCAUUUAUGGGAUGGGGACUGGCGUUCGGGAUGCACGGCUUGCUUUGAACCGUGAGCCAUUGGCGACUUAUUGCUUACACGGUGGCGGGCGGCGUGCCGGUUUGGCACUUGUUUCCUAUGUUUACGAGACGACCUAUUCUUUGUGUAGCCAUACCAU